CGCGGACAGCCGGACACCAAUCUAUUCCUGGGCCCAUUUCUACGGCCCAUUGGAAAGCCCACGAGAUCCAAAGGCCCAAAUCUUUUUCGCUCCUGCGCGCCAAGCUUUUCAGGCGAAAUUUUCAUGGCGCCAUUGCGUCCAAAAUUUCCCCUUCUCUCCGAUCCCCAAUCCCCACGACGGCGAUGGAGGAGGCCGGCGACGAGGAGGGAGAGCAGGGGCUUCGCCUCGGGGGAGUGGGGGACGGCGCCGACGGCGAGGAGGAGGUGGCUCGAGGAGUGGUGGCGCCGCAGGUGCUCGAGCUGAGCUCGUCCAGCUCGGGCGAGGAGGGGGGCUCUUGGGAGGAGGAGGAGAGCCAGGGAUCUGUCGAGGUGACGAGAGGCGGGGGUGGAGAUCGCGAGGCUAGGGUUUCCGAGAGCCGGGACAGCGCGGAGGUGAACGGCGGCGAGGCGGAGAGCCAGUCCCUUCCCGGCUGCCCCAUUUGCAUGAACGCGUGGACCGCGGAUGGCGCGCAUCGCGUAAGUUGCAUUCCUUGUGGGCAUGUCUAUGGCAGAUCUUGCUUAGAGAGAUGGUUACUGCAGUGUCGGAAGAAACCUGCGACAUGUCCCCAAUGUGGUAGGAGGUUUAAACUAAAUAACAUUAUCAACCUCUAUGCACCAGAGAUUUCUGUUCCAAAUAAUGAUCUUGAAAAGCAAGUAUUGUCAUUGAGGGAGAAAAAUGAAUCUCUUGAGAAGCAAAAUCAAGAAUUGGUCCAGGAGAUAAAUGAGCACAAGAGGCAGAUUAUACUGCAGCAAAAUUUCAUAAAUGAAUCAAGCUUAAAGAGAAAGAAAAUGGCAGAUCAAUCAUCACAUGGAACAACAGAUGCAGAUUCAGUAGCAUCUCUUACAGCAGAUGAUGGUCAUAGCAGUCCUUGCAGUUUUGUUCUCCAGAACGAGUUUUUCCUUGAUGGAGCUCGAGUCAUGGGCAUAGAUGCAUCGAGCCAGAUUAUACUCACUUCUGGCAGGGCACCUGGAAUUGGUGCUGAACAUGUCCUCACAAAGCUCAGCAUGUCUAGACAGGGAUUGCAGAAAAUCCACCUUCCAUCUGAUACUAAAGCUAUCAGGGAUAUCUGUAUACUGCCUGGGGGUCAUGUUGUUUUUGCAUCACUAGGCAAGAAGUUGUCACUUUUAAGCAUGACAACUGAAAGUGUCGUCCUUCAUUAUGAUCUACCGGCUCCUGGCUGGUCCUGUUCAGGCGAUCAAAAUAGUCCGAAUCACAUAUAUGCUGGACUACAGAAUGGCAUGCUGUUGACCUUUGAUAUUCGCCAAACUGUUGCACCGUUGCAUUCCAUGAUGGGUCUAUCUACACACCCUGUUCAUACGAUCCACUCUGUUGUAGAUGGCGGUGGUUCCAGGAAGGUCAUUUCUGCAUCUUCCAUAGGACCCUGCAUCUGGGAUGUUGACGGGAGCAGAAACAGGCCAGAUUUGCUAAAUGGAAUGGAAAACCACGGAGUCUGCAUCUCUCUUGCGUGCAAUCCUCCAUCAAGUGAUCUCCUAGUGGCUUCCUUCCGGCCAAAAGUUGAGCUGUCCGACGACGGCACAUCUCAAGCCGGCAAAUCACAGUCACCGACACCCUCUGCAUCAGGGAAGCUAGGCUGCCAUGCACUCAUAAGGAGGACGAGCAACACGUCCUUCGCCAGAGACCAAAUCUGCAGAGGCAAUGUGAGUGGAUUGCGAAUGUCCAAAUCCGCAAUCAUACCCUUCACCGGAAGAAGCAAUCAGCAACAUCUCUUCGCCUAUGGCGACGAGUCGCUGCGCGGAGUCCGGACAUGGCGGCUGCCUUCACUCCAGACGUUUGCUGAUCUCAGGCCACACCGGCAACCGAUCCUUGAUCUGAGGUUUGCAGAGAGCUCGUCGACAGGGGAAAGGUACCUUGGAUGCUUGAGCGAGGACAGGCUGCAGGUUUUCAGAGUAAGGUAGCCCGUAGCAACAACAUCAGAGACAGUCAUUUGACUUCAGUUCAUUGUCUCUGUCUGUUAGCAGCUGUUCCCUUUGCUGCUGUGUUAUACUAUAGUAUAACACAUCAGCACUUUGGUUAGGUUUGUUGUACAAGCACAAGCAAGUCUUGCAAUCUUUCUCUGUACAGUACUGAUCUCUAGAGCAGAUGUCUAGUGCAUAACAUCAUGUGUGAUUUGUUUUGGGUGAUAAAACCAUGUAUUAAUUUUGUACUAGUAUCAUGAGUGGUUGAAUCUGCCACAAAAAUCAAAGGUACAGUUGGGUAGUGAUAUGUCAUACCAUUGAUGCUCAGGGCACUGAUAUUUUGUCCAGUUCUUAUCAAA